GUGCGCGACCUUCUCCUCGUCAACCUCAGCCUUCCACGAACUUGCGACGCCUGCCUGCAAGAGCAGCACAAGACCUUCGCCGCCAUGACUUCAGAAGCCGCCAUCACCGCUCCCGUCGAGCAGGCAGGGCGGCCUACCGACUCCAAGCCAAAGGCUGCCGCCAAGAUCCGCAAGCGCGCCGCCAAAGCCUGCUUGAGCUGUCGAGCUCGCAAAGUCCGGUGUGACGUGUCCCAGCGCGGUCGGCCGUGCAUGAACUGCUAUCUCGACAACGAGUCCUGCGUCGUCACAGGCCGUGCUUCCAGGUUGAGGGCGCAGCGCGACGGAGCCGACGUCCAAGCAUCAUACCCGCCUUAUUCCAUCGACAACACCAAAGUAAGAACAGCCGAGGAUGUCGUGCGGUCCCGAGACAAUGGAGAACCACCAUCGCCCAGAGACAGCUCCCUGCCCGUCCACGACGAGAGCCAUGCACAUAAACCAUGCGACACGCACAAGCAACAAGAGGCACGUGAAUUGACACCCCGUGCCGCUGCUCAACGCGAGCACCAGCCUUCCAUCAGCUCAGCCAGCGACACCGUGUCUGUCACCAGCAGUGUCGGGCCCCAAGCACGUGCGCCCAUGUUUAGAGCGCCGAUAUCCAUGCCUCUGAAGUCGAUGGAGGGUUCACUCAACUCAUUUCCCCCGGAUAGCGAGCCGUUUUGGACCGGAGAGCAGCGUGCGGCAGCGAACCUCGACAUCACGUAUUCAUACUACCCGUUUCUCGUUAUCAACAACCUGCACGUCAUAAUGCCGCAAGACGUCAACUAUCUCGAGGCCCAGGGCUGUCUGCGAGUGCCGACGCGGCGGAUCCUCGACGAGUUUGUGCAGCAGUAUUUCUUGCACGUGCACCCAAUCUUGCCUCUGCUCAACGAGGGUGACUUCUGGGACAUGUAUUGCCACCAGGGCACAUCCGGGCCGAGCCAGAAGAUUCCGCUCGUCAUUCUGUUUGCCAUCAUGUUCUCAUCGUGCAAUUUCGUCUCAUUGAGCAGCAUAAAAGCACUUGGAUACACAAGUAUCCGGGACGCGCGAGCUACGCUUUACAGGCGGACCAAGUUGUUGUAUGAUUUCGAAACCGAGUCCUCCCUCAUAUCCCUCGCGCAGACGGCGAUGCUCUUGUCAUAUUGGUCGCCAAACUGGGCGCAGGCCACGAAAAAGCCAAACUCCGGCUGGCUUUCGAUCGCUAUACAGAACGCCAAGAGUGCCGAAGCACACCUCCAGUCUGCCCUGCCAACCUUCUCACCAAUCCACCAACCGGUCGAGUGGAAGAAACAAAACACCCUCAAACGCCUCUGGUGGUGUUGUGUGAUUCGGGACCGCAUCCUUCCGCUUGGCUUGCGGCGCAGCAUACAAAUCUCGCGCGCGCACUUCGAUCUCGACGCCAACCAGGGCCUUGGCUAUGCUGACCUUGCCGACGAGAUUGACAGGUCGAGGGUGUACAACUCGGAGGCCAAGCGCAGCCUCAUCGACCUUUUGGUCCAUCUGGUGGAGCUCUGCAGCGUCCUGACGGAUUUGCUCACGCUUGUGUACCCCAUGGACGACUCCCCCGGCUGGCACCGGCAGAAUCCCGACGAGGGUGCAAGGAUAAAGGAGUGCAAGCUGGCGUUGCGGCGAUGGUACAAAGGGGCUACCAUGAGGUUUCCCAUGUUUGGAGGCGGCAGUGUGCCUAGGUUGACGCCUGGCAGUGGCCGCGAAUUCCAGCAUGAAUCAGUCAUAUUGUACACCAACUUGAUGUACAUGUACUAUCACUCUGCGCGGGUCAUAUUGUGUCACCAUGAGGUCCUGCAAUCCGCAGUUGCAUCAGCAACCCCCAAUCUCAACAGCAGCCUCAAGGAGUUUGCCAACAUUUACGAGAACCGCCACGAGCUACAAGAUGCAGCGUCCGGGGUGACUGAGUGCCUGAAAGAGCUCAUCCAGCUGGGUUUGGCACGGUGGCUGCCUAUCAGCGCUGUCGCGUGUACUGCUCUCCCACUGGUUCUUCACAUUAUCGAUGUCAGGUUAUCUGCGGCAAACAGGGGGAAAGGGCAGGCUGUCGACCAGAACCCCCAAUCUGCAGUCAAGCAGCACCGCCUGAAUAUCCUGAUCGAAGCCAUGAAGACCUACCAGCCCCAGUAUGACGGCGUCGACUACGUGAGCGAGGCGAUCCGACACAUCGUUAACCUGGCGCAGCUCGAGUCACUGCCUCACGGGUCCCGGGCGAUCGAGAGCGGGCAGCCCAUUACGGACUGGACCGACAUCCUCUCUUCGCAGCCUGGGUUUUACCUCCGGAUCGCCAUGACGAUGGACUUGGCGUUGAGCAAGGGCAGGCUUCCGGACGAGUCGGACUUCCCCGCGAGUCUGAGGGGCCUGUUCACCGGAGGCAUCCACAACACCACAACUGGUAACGGAGUCGGCGCGAACACCACGGGAAGUGGCCCUUCGGCACGGUCGGCUUCAUUCGCAUCCAGUAGUGUACCACCGUCACAGCAACAGCAACAACAACAACAAACCUACUUCGGAACUGGCACAUCGACUCUCAACAUCCCGCCUGGAACUGUCCGAUCCAUCCACUCUGACGAGGACGCCGACUCACCCGCCGCAUCGAACAAGAACCUGUACACACACCAGCCCACCCUGGUUGGUGGCGUAGAAGGCAGCAGCGGCAUGAUGAUCCUCGGAAGCAGCGACGGCGCCUUUGCUCACCCGCAGCAAAUGUCACCCUCGACAACGACGAUGGAUGUGGUCAGCGACGCCGCCAUCGCCAGCGGCCUGCACCACCCGCACCACGACAUGUCGGCGCUCUUCACCGACGUGCUCGACAUUGACGGCCUGGCCGGCGAGGUGCUCACGGCGUACAACCUCAACGCGGACGACGGCACGCCGCCGAGCGUGCACGGGGCCACGGCGGGCGGCACCUUCGGCGGGGCCAUGUCGAGCAGCGAGCAAGGGGAAUAUGACUAUGAAUAUGACGACGACGACGAUGAAGACGAGGAUCUCGAGCUCGUCGGGGACGCCGUGGACGUGGACGUGGACGUGGACAUGGGCGUGUACGACGACUCUAACGACCAGCAGGCGGGGGAGAUGAUGAUGAUGGUGGGCAAGGAGGGCGACGACUGGAUCGGGCAGGCGUGGACGGACGAGUAUCUCAAGGACGCUGCUGCCGCUGGGAGCCAGCUGGGAGAUGGAGGCGGUGGUGGUAGUGGCGGUGGCGGCGGCGGCGACGAAAAUGGCAGUAGUGAUCGCGAGACGGCCACGGCGCUGCUCAAUGCGAUCCACGAUGACGGGGUGAGCUGCCACUGACACAGAUGAUCUUCUUGGUUGUCAGUUGGAUUCUGGGUCCUAGGGCUUUUUGGGGUUUGCUAGGCGUUCACUUCAGGGUUUUCUUAUUCUUCUCUUUGUUUGAGUAGCGGGCGUUGAAGCAUUUGGAAUAGAAAUUUGUCCGGCAGCAUUUGGAUAGGGGGAGAGACCACCUGAGACUGCAUACAGUGGGUAAUUACGUAGAAC